AUGCCCAGUAUCUCACACGUGAUCGAACAACAGGUCAUAUCGCUGAGCAAUGGAUACACAGAAGUGUCAUCACAGCCAUAUGAUGGCCAUGUGUUUCAGAUACAUGGAGGAUCAAGUGGAAUUGGUACAUUUGCUAUACAGGUUGCCAAGCACCUCGGAAUUAAGGUUUUUGUCACAGCAGGAAGUGAAGAAAAACUAGCAGCCUGCAAAGAUUUGGGUGCUGAUGUAUGCAUAAACUACAAAAUUGAAGACUUUGUUGAGCGUGUCAAACAGGAAACUGAUGGAAAAUGUGUUGAUGUAAUUCUCGACAACAUUGGAGGACCAUAUCUCCAGCGCAAUCUGAACAGCUUAGGUGUUGAUGGUAGACUUUUCAUCAUUGGCUUCCAAGGUGGCGCUGUAACUGAAGUGAACCUGCAAGCUGUGCUUGCACGGAGUUUGACCAUACAAGCUGCUGGACUGCGCGGCAGAAGCCUUGCUAAUAAAGCUCAGAUCGUCAGUGAGGUGGAAAAGAACGUGUGGCCUGCGGUCGCUGCCGGGAAGGUGAAGCCGGUGAUUUACAGGACGUUCCCGUUAUCUGAAGCAGCUGAGGCUCAUAGGUUGAUCGAAAGUAGCACACACAUUGGCAAAAUACUGCUGCUCCGAUGA